UUGUCAGGACUAAUUGGUGUUGUUUCAUGGAAGAGGCCCCUUUCACUUGUGAUAACCUUUUUCAUGCUGCUGUCUGCAGUGUGUGUAAUGCUGAACUUGGCUGGUUCCAUUCUCUCUUGUCAGAACGCUCAGCUGGUAAAGUCCCUGGAAGGAUGUCAGUUGAUUAAAUUUGACAGUGAUGGCGUCUGUGUUUGCUGUGAGAUGCAGCAUCAAACAUCAGGCUGCAGUAACUUGGGAGAAACGCUGAAACUGAACCCUCUGCAGGAGUGUAAUGUUGUGAGGCUGACCCUAAAGGACCUGUUGUUCAGUGUGUGCGCUCUCAAUAUCAUCUCCACCAUUGUCUGUGCCUUGGCAACAGCAAUGUGUUGCAUGCAGAUGGUUUCUUCUGAUCUCCUGCAAAUGUUUCUGCCACAGAGGCCGCAUUCUACCAAUCCUGACUGCGUGACUCCACACGGAACUAUCCUGCAUCAAACCUUGGAUUUUGAUGAGUUCAUACCACCAAUACCGCCGCCACCCUACUACCCACCAGAAUACACCUGCACACCAGUGAUAGAGGCGCAGAGAGGUCUCCAUUUGGACUUUCCUCAUUCCCCAUUCAGUGCUUUAUACGAAGUAACCAUUAACAGCCCAGGAAUGUAUCCGACGGAGCUGCCCCCUCCUUAUGAGGCAGUGAUUGGAGAGACACCUGCCAGCCAGGUCACUGGUACUGAUCAGCAAGUAUCUGAGUCAAGCUUGGGUGAGAGGAACAUGGCCCUGGACUUCAGCACACAAGUUUCUGUUGAGAGCACUUCUUUGAUGGUAUCUGAGGCUGUUGAUGUCCCAGACCGUAGCUACUCCUCUGAAGAUCUUUGUUCGCUGGAAGUUCAAGGAUCUCUCCAUUCUGCAGAUCUUUCUCCCUACUGUACAACCCCCAAAGGGGCUAUGGACCAGAGCUGCGGCACUCUGGAUUGCAGCACCCGCUGGAGGUUCCACAGAACUUGCUCAGAGGGUUUUCCUGAUGAGGACGACAGUUCCCACAGCCGAGCCUCUACAGACAGGUCUCAAGGACAGGAAAAGAACUGUGCCCACAGCAGGUCCUUGGACUGUUCCUCCGAGAAUUUUAGCCCCUUGGAAAGAGAACUGCAGCAUUCUGCUCAAGACAGCAAUGCCACACCGCCUUUGAAGCAAAAGAAAAUCUGCUGUGUGGACUUCAGCCAGCCUCCUGUCCCUUCCCAGACCUCUCCCUCUUUUGGGCCCGCAAAUACUUCAUCAUACACGAGCGGCCAGGAGAGUGCUGUCCAGCAGCAUCACAUGACAAAACACCGAAUUUCAAAUAUAGUCCGAUCAACUAGUGACCCUGUAUCGUGUUCGUCUUAUACAGAAGGUGAUAAUUAUGCCUGGACUCCUAUAUGUAGCCAGUGUCAAGAUGCAGGAUUAUCCCCAGCUACAUUAGAAACAGUUCCUGUUUCUGGUUCUCAUAUGGCUGCCUCUGCUUGUCAGCAUUCUUUAAGCAGUUUCCUACCAACUGGAAAACAGAGGGAUACAAGGAAGACUGAUCUAUGCCUAAAGCCAAAGGCUUGGCACACAGUCUCAAAAGAGCGACCACACUCUUUAGUGGACCUUAAGGCCUACAAAGACACAAAAAUUUUGGUGGCAAAAUUUUUGGAACACUCAAACUGUAAUCUCCCUCCCGAAGUACGUCACGUAGUGAACAGCAUACGAUCAGUAAUAAAGUCUGAUGAGAGACACAUGGAAGAAGCCAUCUUCAGUGCCAAUAUUAUAGACCAGGUAAUUACAAGUUCCCAGCAGAAUGUGAAUACCUCUAGAAAGCGACUUCAAGAAGAUCUUCAUCUUCAGAGCUGUGGUGCUCUGAGCUCUCCCGUUGCCUUCUUACGUAGGUCCCGUAUCACUCGCAGUUUAGAGCGGGACAGGCCUCACAGUUUAAUUGGAGUUUGCCGGGAAACCAUCCUUUGAUAAUAUUUGCAGGUAUGUGAUUCCAGCAAAGAGAACUAAGGAAGAAACCAGGACUGGGAGAAAUACAAGUAGUGGAUGACGUAAAAAGGAGACAGUGUCUUCCUUUGGAGUUCCACUUUUUUCCAACAGCAGGAGGAGAACACCUGUUUUUCUGAAUGUAAAUUUAAGCCCUGAUUUUUGCAAAAUUUUAACCGAUUUACUAGUAAAGUUAUAACAAAUGUUUACCCAACCAGAAAUGCAUUUAUUUCACUGUACUUACAGAAAUGCUACUGAUGCUGCCUAGCAUUUCCUAAAAACCAUUGCAAAACCGCCAGA